UCAUGCUUAUCAUUUACAGGUUAAUGCAGCAAGGCAUUUUUACUAAUUUAGGAAGGGUGAACUGUCUGUCAUCCCCACCUGCUUACAUAUAGCACCUUAAACUUGGUGACUGUCGGCUAACUCUACCACUCACACUGGUGAUCUAGGACUAGUAGGUCUUUUGUAAUACUUCAAGAAUUAUUGCCUGCACAAGACUGAUCCACUAUGCGUUGGCUUAUUGGUGUUUUCAGUAUCACUUUUCUGUUAUUUGUUUGUAAUGGUGCUGAAAUUGGGCGUCAGAAAAGGGCUGUCUGGCAAUUCUCCGACAUGAUUUCUUGCACCACACGUGUCUCCUAUCUCGACGUGAUGUAUUAUUACAAUGGGUAUGGCUGUUUCUGCGGCCAGGGAGGCUCUGGAACACCAGUGGACGCGUUGGAUAGGUGUUGCGAAGCUCAUGAUAACUGUUACCAGCGUCUUCGCAAUGAAAACACGUGUGAUGUAACGCUGCUUGAAAUGUAUGCCCUCAUCUACAAGUACUCCUUAACCCGUUGUGGGGGAAAUCGACCGUCAAUUACAUGUAGUAAGUAGGCCUAGGCCCUAUAU